CCCAACCAGCCUGCAGAAGAACAAGAUGAAGAGCUGGUUCUUGAUGAUGAUGACGAGGAUGAUGAAGAAGGCGCAGAAGAGGGAAAGGACGAUAAUGAUGAUGAUGACGAAGAGAAGCCCAAGGUAAUAACGGCUAAAAUGAGGAAGAAAAUGGACGUCAUGGCAAAAAUGGUGCAAAAAGAAGCUGGCCAGGUGAUUCUCACCCUGGAGAAAAACGAUCUUACCCCAACUUCUAUGAACGUGACUUGGGAACAGGAUAAUAUCAAACUUCUUUGUUCUUACAACUGGCAGGGUGCGAAUGAUGGCACCAAUACGAUCUUCGUUCCAGGGGGCCCAGCCAAAUUCGUACCGAAGACGACUUUUCCCUAUGUCAUAGAACAAGACUCGGGCUUCCAAGCUGCCGAUUACAACUACGUGCGAAAACCCUGGGAUCCUUUCGCUCCAUUGUUCACUGCACUGGGUGUCAUGAACCCUGGCCAUCAAUUUUGGGAUGUUGACGUACUCGCAGAUCGCAACAACCUCCGGAUACUCCUGGAAUUCUGCCAAGGCAAGGCAAAUGGUCCACUUCGCUUAGAUGUGCACAUGGUGUAUAAUACCCUGGUUUUUGUUCGGAAGGGCGAAAAGUUUUGGAGACGGCAGACCAAUGGAAUAGGAAAUAACUUCGAGAAGAACUUCACACAGGUUGGAGACGACAUGGAGGACGCAACAAGCCACUACAGAGCGAUCCAAUAUCCAAUGGGGCCCCUCAACGUUGUUGUGCGCUUUGAGGCUGAUGCUUACUUUGACGACUCGGCAUCGGGUGAUCUGGAUCCGACCGAGACGGAUGCUGUGACGGGCGCUCUACUAGCAGAACGUCCGCGCUACGACUUCAGGCCACCUGUUCGCGUUCUCCAAAAGGGCCACAUUGUUCCGACAGCUCAAAUGGCAGAGCUGAAGACGGUAACUCAUAAGGAAGAAGGGACGUCCUCCGUGGCUUGCCAAGAUCAGCUCUGGUUCGGUCGUACUACCCACUUAUUCACUGGUGUGUACAAAAUAGAAGACAACAAAGGGAAGAUCCUCCGCCUUAAGUACGAGAAUGCCAAAGCGAGGGUGGACAAAUGGGAGGAGAAGAACCAAGAUGCUUUGCGGAUGCUUGUAGAUUUGCUC